UCCUUCCAGAUUCUGUAUGACAGUCCCAAGGCUCGGCGGGAGGUGGAGUACCACACCAGAGCGUCAGGGGGGCCACAUAUCGUGGGUGUCCUGGAUGUGUAUGAGAACAUUCACCGUGGCAAGAGAUGCCUUCUCAUCGUAAUGGAGUGCAUGCAGGGAGGAGAGCUCUUCACUCGUAUCCAGCAGAGAGGUGACCAGGCCUUCACAGAACGAGAGGCGUCGGAGAUCAUGCGUGACAUCGGAUUGGCCAUACAGCACCUCCACGCGCUGAACAUCGCCCACCGAGAUGUGAAGCCUGAGAAUCUCCUCUACAUCUCCAAGGACAGCAACGCCGAGCUGAAGAUCACAGAUUUCGGCUUCUCCAAAGAAACGACUUUACAGAACGCGCUGCAGACGCCCUGCUACACGCCGUACUAUGUGGCUCCGGAGGUUCUAGGACCUGAAAAAUAUGACAAGUCAUGUGACAUGUGGUCAUUGGGGGUCAUCAUGUACAUUCUACUGUGUGGAUAUCCCCCCUUCUACUCCAACACCGGCCAGGCCAUCUCCCCCGGGAUGAAGAAGAGGAUCAGGAUGGGGCAGUACGAGUUCCCAGCGCCGGAGUGGAAUGAUGUCUCGGAGGAAGCUAAACAGAUGAUCCGCCAUCUCCUGCGGACCGACCCGACAGAACGCAUGACGAUCACGCAGUUCAUGAACCAUUCUUGGAUCAAUCAAUCUAUGGCCGUCCCCCAGACCCCCCUACACACACGGCGCGGGUCCUGCAGGAGGACAAGGAGCACUGGGAUGAGGUGAAGGAGGAGAUGACGAGCGCUCUGGCCACGAUGAGAGUUGAUUAUGACCAAGUGAAGAUCAAAGAUCUCAACUCGUCCACCAACAGACUACUCAACAAGCGGCGCAAGAAACAGUCGGACGGCUCCGCCCCUCCCGCGGGUUGUAACAACCAAUGA